GCGGGCGGUGACGCGGCUGCGCAGUCGGGCGGCUGAAGAUGGCGGAGAGUGACUGGGACACGGUGACGGUUCUGCGCAAGAAGGGCCCGAGCGCGGCGCAGGCCAAGUCCAAGCAGGCAAUCACAUCCGCCCAGCGCAGAGGAGAAGAUGUGGAGACUACAAAGAAAUGGGCUGCAGGACAAAACAAGCAACACACUAUAACGAAGAACACUGCAAAACUGGACCGGGAAACAGAGGAGCUUCACCACGAGCGAGUGUCACUCACUGUUGGCAAACUGAUCCAGCAGGGCCGGCAAAAUAUGGGAAUGAAUCAGAAGGACUUGGCCACACGGAUUAGUGAGAAGCCUCAAGUCAUUGCUGACUACGAGUGUGGAAAAGCUAUUCCUAACAACCAGGUUCUUGGCAAGGUUGAAAGAGUUAUCGGCCUCAAGUUGCGUGGGAAGGAUAUUGGACAACCCCUGGAGAAGGGACCCAAGAAAAAAUGAGAACAAAGCCUCGAAAUCAGUUCUUUCUAUGGAACUGGUCUCCCCUGGCUUUUUCAGAAGUCAGAUUGACAUUAUUGCCAAGCUGAAUUCGGGAGGGAUUAUGGGCUGCCACAGCUGAGUUACUGACCUAUCUGCUGGUAUUGUACUUCACCCAAAGAAAAGCUUACUGUCUGAUAUUCUGUCUGAUUCCCAGGCAUGGUUCUGAAUGCGAUUAAUCUCUAACCAGGGACAGAAGUGUGAAAACUUUAUUUGUGUUAAAUCUCCAUUUUCCAAACUGUGCCACCUCCAGGGAGGCAGAUAUGAUUUCCUCUCACUUUCCCUGUAAGUUUCUGUAGAAAUAAAGUUUAAGCCUUUGGA